GGCGGCCAGUCGGGAGCGAGGCGGCGGCCAUGGCGGACGGGGAGCGCUCCCCGCUGCUGGCGGCGGAGGGGACCCCCGGAGGGGCGGGGCCGAAAGGUCCGUCCCCGACGGAAGCUCCGCCUCCUUACUCGCCAUUGGUCAGCCCCGAAGGAGGGGCGGGGCCAGCGGCGGUCACGUGUCGGGUGUGCGGCGCUGCCAUUGGUGUGGAGGGGAAAGGGGCGCAGCACGUGGUGCGGUGCGGAGCCUGCGGGGAGGCCACGCCCAUCCGCCCGGCCCCCAAUGGGAAGCAAUACGUCCGCUGUCCCUGCAACUGCCUGCUGGUCUGCCGCAGCUCGGCGCGCCGCGUGGCCUGCCCCAGGCCUUACUGUAAGAGGGUGAUCACAUUGGCCCCACUGCAGAGCGCUCCCAGCCCCGAACCGCCGCCGGGGGUCCGCGUGGAGUGCGGGCACUGCGCCGCCCCAUUCCUGUGGACGGAGUUCACGGACCGAACUUUGGCGCGAUGUCCCCAUUGCCGGAAAGUCUCCUCCAUUGGCCGCCGCUAUCCGCGCCGCCGCUGCCUCUGCUGCUUCUUCCUGGGGCUGCUGAUGGCCGCCUCCGCCACCGGCCUGGCUGUGGGGACGUGGGCGGCGGCGCGGCGCUGGGGGGCCCUCCACGCGUGUUGGGCCGUGUUGGUGGCGGGGGCCGGAGCGUGUUUGCUGCGGGCCGGAUAUUGGGGCUGCGUGCGGGUCAGCCACCCCAUCCCCCAACGCGCCUGAACACGCCAAGGACACGCUAAGGACACGCCAAGGUGGCGCUCGGGAGGCGGCGUGGGGCGGCGGACGCGCGAAGGACACGCGAAGGACACGCUAAGGACACGCGAAGGACACGCGAAGGGUGGGGGGUGUGGAGGGCGUGGGGUCUGGCUGUGGUGGUCGGUGGUUUCGGGACACGCUAAGGACAUGCUUAGGUCAUGGAACAUGCUAAGGACAUGGUUGAGUCAUGGAACAUGCUAAGGACAUGCUUAGCUCAUGGAACAUGAUAAGGACAUGGCUUAGUCAUUGAACAUGCCAAGGACACAGUUAAGUCAUCAAACAUGCUAAGGACAUGGCUUAGUCACUGAACAUGCUAAGGACAUGGUUGAGUCAUGGAACAUGCUAAGGACAUGGGUGAGUCAUGGAACAUGCUAAGGGCAUGCCUAGCUCAUGGAACAUGCUAAGGACAUGGUUAAGUCAUGGAACAUGCUAAGGACAUGCUUAGGUUGGGGAACAUGCUAUGGACUUGCUUAGCUCAUCGAACAUGCUAAGGACGUGGUUGAGUCAUGGAACAUGCUAAGGACAUGGAUGAGUCAUGGAACAUGCUAAGGACAUGCUUAACUCAUGGAACAUGCUAAGGACAUGCUUAGCUCAUGGAACAUGCUAAGGACAUGCUUACAUCAUGGAACAUGCUAAGAACAUCCUUAGGUCGUGGAACAUGCUAAGGACAUGGCUGAGUCCUGGCACAUGCUAAGGACAUGAAGCCAUCAUAUAACAUCCCUCAUACAUGCUUCAGGCCUGGGAACAUGCUAAGGACAUGCUUGCGUCAUGAAACAUGCUAAGAACAUGGGUUUAUCAUUGGACAUUCGAUAGGCGUGUUUAAGUGAUGCUACAUGCUAAGGACAUGCUUGCGGCAUGCGAAGGGCACGGAUUCAUCAUGUGACAUUCCUUGGACGUUGGUGGGUCUGAGAACAUGCUAAGGACAUGCUUAAGUCAUGGAACAUGCUAAGGACCUGCCUACAUCACGGGACAUUCUGUUGGCGUGUUGAAGUCGCGGAUCAUGCUAAGGACAUGCUAAGGUCAUGGGACACGCUAAGAACAUGGAUUCAUUGUAUGACA